AUGUCGUCCCUCUAUCCCUCUUUGCGGUCAGCAGUGACCGAUGUCGUCAAUGACGUAUCAUCCGGUAGAUUCACUUCCAUCUCUCCCCCAUUCCCUUCGGCUCUGACACCCAUCCCAAGGGAUCAACUAGUGGAUCGACUGCAAUCUGUCUGGUCGUCUUUGUCAGCCAAUGGUGACGCUCAACAAUCGUCCAGCUCUAGACAUGUAGAUCUACUGAGAAGUACGUUGGAGCUGGUGGGCAAAGAUGUGGUCAUUCAACCCAUCGUCUCGGGCGAGGUCGUGCAGCUCGAACCACAGCCAGAUGCGUCAGAUGAGCAGACUUGUCGUUUUCAAACCGCUUUGCAGGAUCGUCUCGAUAUCAUAUUGACUCUCUAUGAAGUCGCAGCUGAGUCAUUGUCCGGCGUGCAGGCUUUAGAGCCAGGGGCGAUUUUCAUACCAUUGCUCGAAGAAUUGGUCGAACUGAUCCCUGUGGAGACAUGGAGAGACUUGUGGGCAUAUGUCGAAACUCGUGCGAAGAGGUUUACCAAAGACAUGCCUGCAUCUAGAGGCAAGGCACUUCCUCUUUUGCGAAUCAUCAACUCGUUCCUUCGGUUUCUUCCUCGCACACCUGAAGAUCUCAUUUUCCGUGGUCGGGUCCAUCAAUUCGCCAGCUCGGUCAUCAGUGUUGCGGAUAAGAGUGCUAUCAACAUGCGUGGCGACUAUAACGAUAUCAAAACGACCUGGGAUGAAUCGGACACUUCUCAGUCAUCCACCCUAAAUGCUUCAGCGGAAAAGGAAGAGGAUGGGGAUGUCAAGAUGCAAUCGGAUGUCAAAGAAGAAGUGAAAGCUAGUACAGAGACAGAGUUCUACUCUACCUUGUGGUCCUUACAGCAUUACUUUGCAUAUCCCCCGUCCCUCGAUGGACCUGCUGUACAAUCGAAUCCCGGGGAACCUGCGCGAACACCAUUCGAGACCUUCAAAGCCAAGACAGAGUUCGUUCUGCCCAAGCUAUUUGAACAGACGCAAAAGGAAAAGGAGAUGAUGGGGAAAGACGCAGAGGUCAUCAGCAGGAAGAGGAAACGGUCUGAAGGACAGUCGGACGCUUCGGCAAGGGGUUUCUUUCAUCCACGAUUUCUUACUGGCAAGAGAUUGUUUGAUCAUGAACUCACUGAUUCCUCAUUCCGUCGCCAAAUCCUCGUUCAGUAUUUCAUCCUCUUCCAAUUUUUACUCAACCUCACCCCCUCUACGGCCGCAAAGCAAGCUUUCACCGGUGGAAUGCCCAAAACUUUCAUCGUCGAUCAGGAAAACGAAGACUGGAUCAAGUCCAAAGUUGCUGAAAUCAAGGAAGAGCUACGGAAGAUGAUUCCUGAUGGACCGAUGUUUGAAGAGACUGUACUGUCCAUCAUAACACGUGAACGAUAUUACGCUCAAUGGAAAAAUGACAGUUGCCCUGAAGGUGUUUUCGAGGUCCCUCCUCUAGACAAGGCUGUCGCAAAAAAAGCGGCUGAGCAGUGGCGGAAGAGAUCGGCCCCGCCCUCCCAAUACCCUUACAAGCUUGGCUCACGGUCUCUGUCACGACUAUGGAAUAGGGGUUUCACAGGGAUAGAUCAACUGAAGGGGUGGAGAAGCCCUGCCACUGCAGUCAGUCUAGACGAGGAGAUCAAACGUAUUGAAGCCGAUGAUGAGGAUGACAAAGCAAUGGGCAAGGAACCCUCUGCGGAGGAAGCGGCACUGAAUAAGGACCGGAAGACUCGCCUGACCUGGCGAGGACUUCGACAAGCUUCACGAACAGAUCUACGACAUUUUUCUGCGUUAGCACAGAAACGCGAUCUCCAUAUCCUGGUGGAUCUCGUCAAUGAGCAGAACGAACGGAUGGCCGUGGCGACGGCUACGGACGCUAAUGAGGCUACGGAAGUGGGAACGGACGAUGAAGCUGUGGACGUGAAGGUUGGCAGUAGUGAACCGCCUGGAAUGGUGAUGGAGGUUGAGAGUAAGGUCAAGCUUGAAUCUGAAGCUCAAGCUGCAGAUCCGUAG